AAAAAAGGAAAAAAAAAAAAAAAAAAAGAACAAAGGCACCAUGUCUACGAUCGAUGAUCCUUUCGUGUCCUCCGGCGGGGACGGCGCCAUACCCCGCGACUCGCAUCGAUAUUCCUCCUUCGACGACCAGCUCUUCAAUCUCGAUGCCUCGUCCCCCGCCCAGGCCAAACGCGCCCUCGAAGCGCAUCUCGCCGAGACCGAGCGCCGACUCGAGGAGGCCUCGAAACUAGGAACGGCUUUGGUGGAACAGCAGAAGGAGCUCGAGGACAAACUGAAGGAAGUGGAACAGCAGCAGGAAGAGGGCCAGAUUGGACCGGAUCUGCGCCGCAAGUUGGCCGACUUGGAGAAGGAGUACAAUGAGAUCGGACGGGAGACCACGCGUGCGUUUCUCGCACCCAAGCGUCUCGCGGGCGGCGACGAUGCCCACCCCGGGACCCCAUCCUUCGACCAGAAGUCCCCCCUCAGCGCCGCCUUCUUCGCCAGCCAGGCCACGAAUUCCCCCAGCAAGGUGAGCGUGCCAUCGCGAAAACAACGGAAUCAACCCUCCAGUCGGGUCCACGACAUCGAAUUCGCGACCGAGAUCUCGACAUCGCUGCUGGCCCAGGUCCGUCAGUUGCAGGCCCUGCUCGCCGAGCGCGAGGACGCGCUCAAAACCCUGAACCUGGAGAAGUCGCGGCUGGAGCUGGAAGCCGAGGGAUAUGCUCAGCGCAUCCGCGCGCUCGACGAGAGCGAGGAGCGCUACAAGGACGAGAACUGGGCCCUGGAGACGCGCACCCACGAGCUCCUGGCGGCGGUCAAGGACGGAUCCGACCGGGAGAGUCGACUCAGCAGCAGUCUCGGCGCCAUCACCAGCGAGAAGAACGCGGUGGAACGGGAACUGGAGGACUUGAAGCAGACCAACACCAAGCUGGUCGAGGACCAGGCCGCAGCCCAGAAAGCCAACGACGCCGAGCUCCACCUCCUGCGCCGGAACCUGAACGCGGGCGAGGCGGAACGGCAGGCGCUGCAGAAGAAGUGGAACGAGGUGAACGCCCAGAACGAGGAGCUCGCGAAAGCGGUCGCCAUGCGCCUACGACAGCAUGAACACCAGUCCACCCUCGAGGUCCCCCGCGCCGACCGCUCGGACGACUCCGAUCAAGGGACCCCCGACAACUCCCCGCCGCCGUCGCCGAACAAGUUCACCCCGCGUCACGGCCACCUCGAGACCGAGACCCUCCGCAGCUCGCUCGGCCACGCUCAUCGCAUGAUCCAGAACCUGAAGAGCACCAUCCAUCGCGAGAAGACCGAGAAGAUCGAGCUGAAGCGCAUGCUGCAAGACGCCCGCGACGAGGUCGAGCUGCGCCGCCGCGACGGGCCCGCCCCGACCGGCGGCGCCGGCAAGCGCCAGCGCACUAAGACCGACGCGGCCCGGAAGGCCCCGCGACCGGACCUGCUGGGCGCCGGACGACGCGGCGGCCCCGAGGUGGAGGUGCACGCAGACCUGGACCCGGACUGGGAGGACCACGCGGGCGAGGCCAGCCCGUCCCACAAAGCCGCGGCCCGGCCGGCGCGCCCCCGCCGCGGGGACCUGUCGUCGGACGAGCCGCCCAGCAGCGCGUACCAGACGGCCACCGAGGCCGACGAUACCUUCGAGACGGCCAACGAGCGGGAAACCACCGAAAGCGAGGCCUUCCAGACCGGCGUCGAGAGCAUGGCCGACGACAGCACCGACUCCGACGAACUCACCGAGACCGAGGACCGCCGCUCCUCGUGGCAGAGCACCGCCUCCACGUCGGCCGACGAGAACGACUCGGACGCAACCGAGUAUGCCUCCCCCAGUCAGAAUUCGACCCCGCGGUAUCGCCCCCGCAAGAAGCGCAGCGUGCCGCGGCGGAUCCGACCCUCGGGCGAGGCGCCCAUGGCGUUUGGCAGCCGUCCCUCCAGUGCGCGGGAAUCCCCGGCGACCAGCUUCACGCACGAGCCCGGGGCCUCCGAAGGCCAGAGCCUGUUUGCCGAGCUGGCCGAGCUGGACGGCGAGGAGGAGGACGGCGACUAUGGCUCCGUGACCGAUUCUCGACGGCCCUCCGCGGCCCCCCUGUUCGCUUCGCCCCGGCCCACCAUGGUGGAUUCGGGUGUCAUGACCGACCCCUGGGAACCGGCCGCCCCGGCUCCGGUGGUGACCGAGGCGAGUGUCCUCGACGAGCCCAGCACGCCGCGGCAGGCGGCGGUGGAUGCCGACACCGCGGUGCAGACCAACGCCCCCCCGGCGCUGGUGCACUCGGGAACCCAGUGGACGACGCCUCUCAAGGCAUCGCCCGAGUCGAACGACGACCCCGUGUCGAACGUGCCGACGCCGCCCAAGAUGACCUGGGACGAACCAGCCGUUGCGGCGGAGCGCGGAGUCGAAGCGGCUCCCACGCCGCAGCUGGAGGUGUCCGUCCUGGCCUCCCAGGAGACGCUGCCGGUGGCCCCCACACGCCCGGACCUGUGCACGUCGUACUGCAUCAGCGGUAUGACCGAGCCGAUCGCGGUCAUCGCCCCCGAGCCGCCCACCCUCCACACGUCGGCGAUCACGGCGCAGUUCACCGUUCCGGUGGCUGCCCCGGUGACGGACGCGGUGCCGGUGUACACGCCCUCCAUGGCCGUCUCGUCCGUCGUCGCCCAACACACCGAGCCGGUCGCCGAGGCCCCGGUGGAGCCCGCACCGCGUGUCUUCUCCGACCAGGGCACGUCCACUGACCUCCCCGAGCUGGUGGUGUCGUCUCUCCACUCGGUGCACACCGAGCCGGUCGUCGUGGACCCCACACCCGCCUCGUCCGAGCCGGUGGACUUGACGGUCUCGCUGCUCACCCCAGCAUUUACGGUGCCCAUCGCUCCGGUCACCGAGGAGCCAGCGUCUUCCGAACUCGUGGUGCCGGCGCUGUCGUUGUCCCGUGUCCGAUCCGUGGAGACGCUUCCCGUCCGACCGAGACAGGCGGACACUGUCGACCGCAAGGCGCCCACGGUGGCCGCGAAUGUACCGCUCCCGGAUCUGCUCCCGGCUGCCAUGCCGACGCCUUCUCUUCCGACACCCCCGGUCGUCGCCGUUCCCGCCCCGGCGGUCUCGGCGAAGGCUCCGGGUCUGCCCCUGGGACCCAUCUCCGGCAACGCGGGGCCACGACACGCCCCACGGCAGUCGUCGACCCAGACGGACCAGGGCGCACAGACGAUCCUCUCCUCGAAACAGAUCGAUCAGAUCCUGAUGGAUCGGAUCACGGCGCGACCGCUGUCCCCGCCGGACAGCGACCGGACGAAGGAACAGGGCACCUCGCCCUUCGCCACGCCCAAGGCGCGCACCAAGCCGGCCCACCACGCGUCCACGGCUUCUCUCAGCUCCAUCCAUCGCCGGCCCGGCAGCGCGGCCAGCCAAACGUCCAGUGUCCAGAGUCACCCGCCCCUGCCCGCCGACCACCGCGAGAACAUCAUCGCGGCCGAGAAGAAGACGGCGGAGCAUCACCCCGUUUCCCCGGGUCUCAUGGGUCCCCCGCUGGCCCCGGCGUCCGCGUACCGGACCAAUGCGACCCAGCGUCCCCGGACGCCCAAUGGCUCCAGUGUGCACUUGAGCGCGGCACCGACGACCGCUUCGCGGACCAAGUCGCGGCGCGAGAGUCAGGUGUCCCGGCGGUCCUCGGUGUCCUCGUUCGCGUCGGAGAUUGAGGAGCGGUUCAACAUGCAGAAUCCGCACCAUUCGGCCAUGCCGCACGGCUACGGCCCGGGCUCGGAUCCUCGCAUGAUCCAGGCCAUCACGCAGACGAUGAUCGGCGAGUUCCUCUGGAAGUACACGCGCAAGACGGUGUCGGGCGAGAUCUCCAACACCCGCCAUCGCCGGUAUUUCUGGAUCCACCCCUACACGCGCACGCUGUACUGGAGCACGCAGGACCCGCAGAGCGCCGGAAAGCACGAGAUCCGGACGAAGAGUGUGCCCAUCGAGGCGGUGCGCGUGGUUGCCGACGACAACCCCUACCCGCCGGGUCUGCAUUGCAAGAGUCUGGAAGUCGUCAGCCCGGGUCGCCGCAUCCGCUUCACGGCGACGACGAGCCAGCGCCACGAGACGUGGUACAACUCGCUGUCGUAUCUGCUGGUCCGUGGCUCCGAGGACGACGAGGAGGACCCAGAGAACAUCACGCUGGAGGACAUCGACGAGUUCAACCCGGGGUUCCGGUCCCGGUCUCGGGGCCCCGCUCGCCUCUCGGUCUCGUCGUCGCAGAGUCGACCCCUGCGCAACAGUGGCGCCUUCCCGCAGCAGCGUGCGGGCUCCGCCAUGUCGCUGCGCCGCGCGGCGACCCCGGGCCGGGCGUCGCCGGCGCCCAGCACGCUGUCGAACUAUUCGGAGCAGGGCCGGCGGUCGGCGUCACGGCUGAGCUCGAUCCUCAACACGACGAUCAAGGGAUCGUUCGGGCGCAAGGGCCGGAGCUAUGCCGGGUCCAGCGUGAACGGGGGCAGCGUGCGCGGGCUCGACAGCCAGGACGACCUGCGCCAGAUGGUGGAGCGGCAGGAGCGCGAGGACGGGCUCGAGAACGUGCGGGCGUGCUGCGACGGCAAGCACGACGUGGGGUCACUGUCGCGGACGAGCCGAUACAGUCCGCGGGCGAACCGGAUCCACUCGCAUCAUUGA